CAUUGCCUAGACGCAAUGGAUCGUGAGUGGAGUCUCCUGCUACUGCUGGGCGUAGCCUCGCUGCUCGCCUGCGGCCACGCCCAUAACCUGCCCGGUGUGCCGAGCAGCUUCAGCACUGAAGAGCGUCUCACAGCUGCCAGUUCAGUCAGCGUCGCGGAAGAGAUUAGCCAGGAAUUUCUAAAGUACCUGCGGACGGGCGUCGAGUCGCCGCGACUGAAAGAGCUGGGCGAUGAGUUGCGCACGUCACACAGCCAGAAGGACAUUUUCACCCAAUCCCUGGUCGAUCUGAGCGCGGCCGAUCAGUACUUCACGUGCACCAUCUGCCGCGCCACGGUCAACGUGAUCGGACGCACCUUCACGGGCCCCAAUGGCGAGCUGACCGGACCCAAUCGCGAUCAGAAUGCCAAGAAGAUCAUGCUGAGCUUCUGCGACUACUUCAAUAUUCAGACGCAGGAGGUGUGCUCCGGCCUGUUCGAUCUGAACUGGCCGAUCCUCGACUACAUCUUCAACGAGACGAUUGCCGAGUCGCGGAGCAUUUGCAGCAUGCUGCCCAUCAAAAUCUGCCAGGUGCAGCAGCCGGAGUUCAGCCUGAACGUGACCAUUGUCGGCGAGACGCCCAACGAGUCCAACUACGAGUUGGCGGAGCACAGCGACAAUGACUAUCUGGUGCUCCACUUGACCGACAUCCACUACGAUCCGGAGUACAAGAGCGGCGGCCUGGCGGAGUGCAAGGAGCCCAUGUGCUGCCGCGAUGAUCUGCCCGCCGAUGCGAAUACAACGGGCGCUGGCCACUGGAGCGACUAUCGGGACUGCGACACGCCCAAGCACCUGAUCGUGAAUGCCUUCGAGCAGAUCAAGAAGGAGCACGCGCUGGACUGGAUCUACCACACCGGGGAUGUGCCGCCGCACAAUGUGUGGUCCACCACGCGGCAGGGCAACAUGGACAUGCUCACGGAGAUCGAUCAACUGCUCGCCGAGCACUUUCCCAAAGUCCCAAUCUAUCCCUGCCUGGGCAACCAUGAGCCGCACCCAGCAAAUGUUUUUGGCAACGCUGAGAUACCCGACGCUCUGCGAGUCGACUGGCUGUACCAGCAUGUGUGGAGCCUGUGGUCCAAGUGGCUGCCCAAAGAGGCUGAGGCGACCGUGCGUCGCGGCGGCUACUACACGCUCGCCCUGAGGGAGGGACAGCGCAUCGUUGCGCUGAACAGCAUGGAUUGCUACCUGUACAACUGGUGGCUAUUCUACGACGGCUCCAUUGUGCUGGAGCAGCUGCAGUGGUUCCACGACACGCUGCUCGCCGCCGAGAAGGCCGGCGAGCGGGUUCAGGUGCUCACUCACAUCCCCUCUGGCGAUGGCGACUGCUGGACGGAGUGGUCCAGGGAAUACAAUCGCAUCGUGGCGCGCUUCAGCCGAGUCAUCACGGGCAUCUACAACGGGCACACGCACAAGGAUGAGAUGAAUGUCCACUACACGGAGACGGGCCUGGCCAUGGCUGUCUCCUGGAAUGGCGGCAGCCUGACCACCUUCUCCUACAAGAAUCCCAACUACCGCAUCUACCGGCUGCACGCGAAGACUCUGCAGGUGCUGGAUCAUCACACCUACACAAUCAACCUGACCGAGGCCAACCUGAAGCCCAACGAGCCGCCCACCUGGAAGAAGGAGUACGAGUUCGGCGAGACAUUCACGAAGAACACAAGCGCCGCUGGCAUCGAUCAACUGCUCGAGGACAUGGCCAAGAAGCCGGACUUGCUGCGCCUCUUCUGGCGCUACAAGAUGACCGAGGCGGAUCCGAAGCUCGCAGCCGGCUGCGACGAGAGAUGCCUGAACAGCACCAUCUGCCGCAUCGCCACAAGCCGCUGGAACGAGAAGCAGCGCUGUCGCCAGCUCCAGGCCACACUCAAGCAGAGCCUCGAGAACGAGAAGCAGCCGCAGGACGAUGGCGCAGCUGCAUUAACGGCUUACAGCCUCGCCAGCGUGCUGGCUCUGCUGACGGCGCUGCGCUACUUGCUUUAAUUGCAAUCGAGCUGCCCAGAGUCAGUCCACUGGCUUAUCUCGGUUGGCUGCCGCACCACGAUUAUAGUUGCUUAUUUAUAGCGCAUCGUUAUUAAUUAGUUCGAUUAGCCGAGCGGCCAUAAACUGCGCCAUAAACGGUGCCCACUGACCCCGCCGAACCCACACACGGAUAGCAAAUAAAACCAAUUUGUAGUUUUAA